AUGCUCGCUAUCUCGGGAAGUUCGCUUUCUGAAGCAUUGCUGUUGCUCAGUAGACCGUCAGACAAAAUUUGUGCUACGGUCAUUCUGGAUCUGCUUCGAAAUAAGGACGUGAACCCUUGGCGGAUAGUGACGGAUGUUGAGAUAGGCGAUACGGUAGUCAUCGAUGGAGUGAAAUACAAGAAAAAGCGAAUACUUGGCACAGGAGGCAGUGGAUCUGUUUUCGAGAUUAUCAGAGAAGACAAUGGGACGUCAUUCGCUUUGAAAGAAACUUCACUCCGCCAAAAUGCUGAAAUUUAUCGAGGAGAGGUGGAACGUCUGCAAACGCUCAAAAACUGCCCACACAUUAUCGACUUGAUUGCACACGAUAUCAUUGCAAACAACACCAUACUCCGGAUGGUGUUAGAGUUGGGUGAUGGUGAUCUUGAAUCGGAAGUAAAGAAGAAUAAAGGCACGUUGGAUGCGGCCACUGUGAGAUUGUACGCCUACGAGAUUGGCAAGGGUAUACAGGAAAUGCAUGAAAACUUUCCAGCUAUAAUUCAUCUCGAUAUUAAACUAGCAAAUGUGCUAAUUAUCAGUGGCACUUUAAAACUUGUUGAUUUCGGACUCUCAGCCACCCUGCGCAAAAAUGAAGACCACGUUAUACGAGACUUUAUGUUCGGAUCAAAUCGGCCACCUGAACAAAUAGUUCCAAGAAAAGACGGUACUUACAAAUUAACUAAAAAAGUGGACAUCUGGGGAUUUGGUUUCAUUGUAUACCAAAUGACGUAUGGUCGUAAGCCGUUCAGUAAUUAUACCAACAAGAAUAAGUGUAUCCAACGUGAUGUCGAGAAAAGAGCUACGAUAGAGCAACUGUUCGCGCAUCGUUACCUAUCCGAGAUGAAGUGUAAUACUUGUGGUGAUGAUGAUGGUGGACUAUCAACCGCUAGCCCUCCCUAG